AUGCCACCACCAAAGUUUCAUAAAGUUAUCGUCUGCGUGUCUGUUCAUUUCAUCUAUUUCCUCGUUCCACAUAACUUUUCUGUUUGCAACAUGGCGCCCCGGAAGAACAAGAAGAAAAUUAACGAUGAUGCCCACUGCGCUGCCGCUGCAAACAAACGGAGAAGAAUUGAACUUAUGAAUACUACAACCGGGGUGCCUUUUACGAACCCAAUCUCCCAAUUUCCAUCCCUUGAUCUUCUGCAACAACAACGCACUCCGCCACCACAAACCACCGUUAUCCACACCGAUCUGAACCUCUCUCCACCAUCAGCAACACAUCAGGACGAAGAAGCGGCUGUAGACGAAGAUCAUUUCAAUUCUUUAUUACCACCACAAAACUUCCUUAUCGGCUAUCAUAUCAACCAGAUGCGACUGAGCGUGGAGGAAUUCUGGCGGAGAAACUUUGGAGAAGAAGUUAAAAAGAGACAGGAGAUCGAAGCAAAACUAAAACAGAAAGAAGAAGUGGUGGAUCGGUUAAGACAACUGUACCAUUUCUAUGAGGAAAGGACGUUCCGGUUGGAAGAAAUGCUGCAGCGUAGGGUGGCAGAGGGAUGCAGCACCCCGGCUGCUGCUGUUCGUGAGGAAGAAGUUGAAUCAAUUUUUGUUGAUCCGAGCAGUGCGUCUAAAACGGACAUGGCUUGCAGGAACUGCCGGAGUCGGCGUGCAACUAUGCUGUGGCUUCCAUGCCGGCACUUGUGCGUGUGUUUGGUGUGUGAGAGGAGGGUUAAGAUCUGCCCCAUUUGUGGUGCUAAGAAAACUGAAAGUUUCCUGAUCAAUCUGCCAUUACCUUGAGACAAAGAUCUUUUACAUCUCUUGAUCUAGUCGCAUACUAAUAAAUUUCAUAUUUUUUAUUCAGAAAUGUUAUAAUAAAACUAUUUCCAGAAUAUCAAAUGCAAACUUGGUUUUUCUGGAAUUAUUCUAGUCAUAAGUUAAUUACUAACUCGUUCAGUAAUGUUAUUAUGGUAACUUUUAUUUCUAGAUAUACGGACAUAACAACAUAUAUACAAAC